AUGUCACAACAAGCAUCACAACAAGCAUCGGAUGAUGAACAUUCAACAUCUACAACAGCAGUGGAUGAUAUAGAUUGGAACUCAUUGAGUACAUUGAAGAGGAAUGAUCUUCAAAGACUAUGUAAAGAGUUUAAGUUGCCAAUAAAGGCUACAUCAAAGAACGUUGAUAUUAUAGAAGCAUUAAAGGUGUUCAAGAAGGAGCAUGAUGAUAAACAACAGCAGCAACAACAGAUUGAGAAGGUGAAGGACACACAAGAUAAACAAGAACAAGAACAACAACAACGAUCAAUCAUUGGUGAUGACACAGAGAUAAAGACAGUGACAAAGGAGAAGAAGAAGAGUGUAAAGCAUGCCGAUAAUAAUAAUAACAACAACAACCACAAUGAAGAUGCCACUAUGAAGGAUAAAGAAGAGGAGGCAGUUGAAGAGACACCCUCCAACACAGAGAUGACAGCAGCUGUAACAACAGAUGAUAAAGAUGAUGAUAAUGAUGUUGGUGGUGGAGGUUAUGAUGCAACCAACGAUGUUGAUGAUGUUGUAGAUGAACAGUUCAAACAGUCACUGCCAAUACCAGAAGAGGAAGAAGGGGAUGUCAACAAUAAUAACAAUAACAAUGGUGGCGGUGGAGUCAUAAGAAGAGCCAUCGUGUUUAAGAAGAGGAGUGAACCAGAGGACACUGAACACAACAACAACAACAACAACAACAACAACAACAACAACAACAACAACAACAACGAGGAUGAGGAUCAUGUUGAACAAGGUACAUCAGCCGCUGCAAAUGCACGCCAUGCCAAGGCCAUUGAGGAGACAAAUCAUGUUGGAUUGAAGUUUAGGAACUAUGCACCAAGAGAGGCCACACUUGUAAAGUACAGACUGCCAAAGAGCAAGGUACCACCUGUUGUCGAGGAGAUAUUGGCCAAGCUACAACUGUUGGAGAGUGGUGCUGCCAAUGCACAGGACGACUUGUCACUCAUGCCAAGGAAGGCCAACUGGGACCUGAAGCGAGACGUUGAGAAGAAGCUAAACAAGUUGGAGAAGCGUACAAACAGAGCGAUCUAUGAGCUGACGAAGAAGAGACUAGAGAGCGAAGGCGAUCAAUCAAUGGACUUGCUCGCGAGAGCAGUCGACAGAUCAACGUAUAAAUAA